CUUAUUUCACUGCAGUGGAAUUAUUUCUCCACCCUCCAAGAGACCAGACGGCUCCUUUUGCCGAAUUGCUCGAAAAAGUUCCUGGCCUCGCCCUCGCGCCUCGGAUUUAAUUAAUGAAUACGGUAGUCAUGGUUGUUGCGUGCGUGGUCCCCGUUUUCGGAGAAAGGAUCACAAUGCACUUGACUACAACAACUCAACUCAAUCUCUUUCUCCCCUUUUUGACCAGGAUCCUCAUAUGAAAAUCUUUCACAGACGCAAGGUUCCUGAUUAGCAAUCGCCGUUGCGGUCAACGCCGGCUUCCGGACAAGGAUCUUUACAGCUACUACGUCGACGACUUUCAAUCAUUUCAAAUAGGUGAAGGGAAGUAGGGGUUUUAUCUUUACAUCUAGCCUUUUGGGCUUUCUUGCGCAACAAUGGCCGCUUCACCACCAACACCAGAGCGGAGGACUAGCUCAGAUAGUACUCUUGAUGUUGAACGAGAUGGAGCCCAUGCAGCGAAUGGACACUCCCAAGACCCUACAGCGGCCGAAGCAACUUCCGAAGGAGCGGAGACGACACCGGCCGGCAGUAACCCAUCUCCCGGAGCACCUGAGGCCGGUGACCCCGAGGCCGGACGGACCAAGUCGGAGACAAUCUUGGUAGUUGGUGCUCUAUGUCUUGCGCUCUUCCUUGCCGCUUUGGAUACUACCAUUAUUACCACAGCCGUUCCUACUAUUGCCAACGAGUUUCACUCAAGUCAGGGUUACAUCUGGAUAGGAAGUGCAUAUCUGUUGGGCAACGCCGCAUUCGUGCCGACAUGGGGCAAGAUCUCGGAUAUCUUUGGUCGCAAGCCUGUUCUUCUUGCUGCAGCUGUCAUCUUCUGGAUUGGAUCUCUGCUGUGUGCCGUUAGCAAUGGCAUGCCAAUGCUCAUCGCUUCGCGUGCCAUUCAAGGCAUUGGUGGAGGUGGUCUCAUCGUUCUACCGAAUAUCGCCAUUAGCGACCUUUUCUCUAUGCGAAACCGUGGAAUGUACUUUGGUAUUCUGGGUAUGGUUUGGGCUUUAGCAUCUGCGGUUGGCCCUAUUCUCGGUGGUGUAUUCACAAGCCAGGUCACCUGGCGAUGGUGUUUCUACAUCAACCUUCCCAUCUCAGCCGUUGCCAUCGUUAUCCUUGUCUUCGUCCUGAAGCUCCACAACCCACGAACACCGGUGAAAGAGGGUCUAUUGGCGUUGGACUGGCCUGGCAGUAUUCUCAUCAUUGGCGGUACCAUUAUGUGGUUGCUCGGACUUGAGCUUGGUGGUGUUUCUUUCCCCUGGGACUCCGCAACGACGAUUUGCCUCAUCGUCUUUGGCAUCUUUGUCGUUGGUCUGUUCCUCGUAUACGAGUGGAAAGUCGCCAAGUUUCCCGUUCUCCCUAUUCGCCUCUUUCACACGCAAAACAGUGUUGCAUCUUAUGGAGUUGGUUUCACUCACGCAUUUGUCUUCAUGUCAGGCAGUUACUGGCUUCCACUCUACUACCAGGGAGUCCUCGGCGCAUCUUCGUUGCUCUCUGGUGUUUAUCUGCUUCCAUAUGUGCUCUCCCUGUCGUUUGUGUCGGCUGGGGCUGGAAUCUACAUCAAGAAGACAGGCAAUUACAAGCUCGUUAUCGUUUUGGGCUUGAUCAUUACUGUCAUUGGCUUCGGUCUCUUCAUCAACCUUGAACCGCGCGCCAACUGGGCGAAGAUCAUCAUUUUCCAGAUCGUCGCCGGAAUCGGUAUUGGUCCUAACUUCCAGGCUCCUCUGAUUGCACUCCAGACGAAUGUUGAGCCUCGAGAUAUUGGUUCUGCAACCUCAUGCUUCUCCUUCAUCCGUCAAUUGGGCACAUCAAUCUCCGUUGUGGUAGGAGGUGUCAUUUUCAACAACAAGAUGGAGAGCCAGUAUCCCAGACUGAAGGAAGAACUCGGUUCCGAACUCGCAGACAGACUCUCCGGUUCCAAUGCAGCAGGCAGCGUCGAGCUCGUUGGCUCCCUGACAGGCCACGAUGGCAGGGUUGCCAAGACAGCAUUCUGGAAGAGUCUGCAAACAAUGUACAUCGUCUAUGCAUGCUUUGCAGGCCUGUCGCUCAUCAUCAGUCUGAUGAUCAAGCAAGUCAACCUCAGUAAGGAGCAUAAGGAGCACAAGACAGGUCUCAAAUCACUGAAGCGACGCGAUGAUGAGAAGGAGGAGGUCGAUGCCGCAGAGGGUGUCACGACAGGUAACGAAAAGACGACGGACAACUGAAAACGGCGUUUCAUGUUGUUCUUGUGUUAUUAAGGAUAUUUCAACAUGCCUGCAGUCAUGAAACAAAACUGCUUUUUGGUAUAUGAGCACUUAUUAUUGGGUAUAAAACAUACGAGCGUUUGUAAUUAGACUGCUGCCAAUGAACUUGUUUUAA